GUCAUGAACAUCUGUGGCCCUGACAGGCCACCCGUGGGUUGGUCUCGGCUUUAAAGCAGCUGUUCUUCCCCGGCCCAGCAGCCGCAGCGACUGUUUGCACCCGGAGGGCCAUGCCAGGACUACAGACCAGGACAGGACUGACCGCCCCAGAGAGUUCCCUCCUCCAGGUCCAAGGCUCUGCCUGGAGGAGCAGCCGACUGGAGCUGAUAUUCGGGAAGCUGAGCCUGAGGCUGCUCUGGAGGGCCAGGGAACCGGGCAGCCAGGCUUGGCACCCGCCAAAGGUGCAGUUAAGAGGAGGGAAGGCGACUCCGGAGCCCAGCAGGUGAGCGCUCCUACGAGGUGCUGGGCAAGCUAGAGGUGUGGGGGCGUCUGGUUCCAGUACCUGCCCGGGGCGACACGGAAACCCAGCUUGCUGUUUGUUUCGCUGGGUUUUGCGCCCCGAAGAAGAAAGACUGCCCCACAGCCUCGCCGGAGCCGCUUCUCACAACCCAGCAGCCCCAAGCCCGCCGCCGCCGUUCCCCCCGCACUUCUCGCCCCUGAUUCUAGAUGCAGCUGACCUGUUGCAUGCAGAAGAGAAGCCGCGUUCCGCGUUCCAAGCCUCUCCUCGCUGCUUUACCUGCCACCAGAUCUGAGCGCCAGGAGUCCGGAGACUGCCUGCAAGCACCCAGAGAGCCCAGAGCCGCAGGAAAAAAUGUGAAAAGUACCAGGAGACAACUGGUGUAGCCUUUCGACUCCGCGGACCCAACGCCUACACUUCGAGUCGCUACCCCAUUGGAAUGGGCUCAGAAUCAGUCUGCUGAAGGUCCCUGGAGCCCCACCCCAGCGAAUCCGAGCCUCCAGCUUCAGCACCAGAGGCUGGACAGCGCCCCGACCCUAGGGUGUCAAUGGUCGGUGCCAGCGCGCGGCUCGGCUUCCCAGCCUCAGGCCACUUGCGCUCACGGCCCCUCAGACCCCACGCGGAGGAGGUCAGGAGGUGACACAGGUUCGCGGAAGAAGGUGGGACUCAUCUUCCUCAUUUCUCCAGGGAUUUAGGUGUGGGAUUCUGGGAGAGCAUUCUAUCUUGCCCUGGCCACGACCAGUGGAAAAACUUGGCGCCAAAUGAGGGCGGUGGUGCGGGGAGCAGAGGCACGCUUGCAGGCGAUGAGCAAAGGGGUGUGCGGGACGGAGGAUCUACCCCGAGCCCAGGCUCCGGUGUUCCGUGAAAAAUCGCCGCAUCUAAAUCCAGCGCUCCCUCUAGCUCUCUCCCGCUUCCUUCUUCCCUUCCUUCCCACACUCUCGGUAGGGUACGCCUAAAUAGGAGUGAGUGAAAGGGAAGGCGUGGGGAGGAGGGGGGAGAUAUUGAAGCCGAGGUAAGAUUUUAUCUGGGUCUCAACACUCGAGCGUGGAUGAAAUUUGUCCAAAAAGAACAUCAAGGUAAGCGUUUUUUACCCAAAGGAGCCCAAAGUAGCCUUUGUGUGAGGAGUAAAGAUGAUUGUUUGGCCAGGAAGGGGAAAGACCGCGGAGGGAGAGACCCUAUCACAAAAGGGCUAACGGAGGUGGAGGAGGAAGGGAGCCGACAGGACUUGGGCAGUAGCAUGGUUACCAGGCAACCAGUCGCAGCCCCAGCCUCCUGUUGCCUUGGUUACAGUGGGUGGAGAGGCUUUGGCCGCUGAUUAUCCGUGAGCACCUUGAUUAUUUAAAAUAUCUCCUGGGGAGCCCCUGCCUUUUCCGGGCUAGGGGAGCGUCACACCGAUCCUGCAUAAGGCCGGGUCCAGGGAAAUACUGGAAGCGAUUUUUUUUUUUAAGUCGAGGCGCAUAGCAAAGCAACUUACCUUUCCACCACUACAGUCCUCCCCUCCCCCACUCCACCCACUGGCUUCAUUUCUCCAGGAUUUACAAUUUUGGCUUUUAUAUUUUUUCAUUUAGUCCUUUAUACUGGAGGAGCUGAUUUCUUAUCCCCCACCUCCUCUUUUUCCCCCUUAAAAUGAGAAAAACACAUUUGCUCUUCAUGCAUGAACGGGAGGGAGACAAGGAAAUUGUCCAAGGGUGUCUACUGUAGAGAGAAGCUUUCUUCCUGGUUUGAUAGUCAUCCCUCCCCCCACUAACUAAACCACUCCCUUCGUGGGAGAGGCAGAUGAAUUUUGGAUUACCUCCACUUCUCACCUUGCCCCAUAGACCACGCAGAAAGCACAGAUAGAGGAAAACGUGUCUCCCUUAGUAAAUGGACACUAGCAUCACUCGAAUUCGAUUUCUCAAGAUUCUCUUCUCUUUUAUUCCUCCCCAGCAUUGCCUUAGUAAUUAGCAAAUACAGCACCUAAAGCUUGUAAUCUUCUGAUUUUUUUCUGUUUCCCUUGAUUGAGAAACAUGACUCCACUUUCACCUAUCAACCUUGCCUAUCUUUUCUUACCCUGAAACAUCUGGGUAGGAAAUUAUUUUACUUAUAAUUUUCCAGAGGAAGCUAUAACAUUCUCAGAAUGAUUCGGGAGGAAAUUGCUAGCAAGUUACCAGAACAGUCUGUGCUCUGUCCACUAUUUCAUCUCAAAUAUGUCUGUUUAGGAGCCAUUAAUUUUCUCUUUCCAAAACAAAACAAAACAAACAAAAUACACCACCAACGGAAAGAACUCUGUUUUAAACUGAGAUAUUAGUUGACAACAUAGGGAUGGAGAAAAUCUCAAUGAUUCAGGCAGUAACUGUCAUAUCUUUAUCUGUGAUUCCUGCACCAGUAAACACACGUCUCUUUUCCUCUUAUUCUCUUCUUUUCUCCUCGUUUCCUUCAUCUAUUAUUAAUAUAAAAAUGUUUAAUCAUUAUAAUUUCAGCAUAAGUUGAAAAGGUCAAAAAUUCCCUCAAUGAACGGAUUUGAUAGUUUUGGGGGUAUUUAUAUUAAAAUGCUUUUCUCUCACAUGUUACUAUAGAAACUUCCCUUCAGACCAGGCCAGACAGCUGGUCUGCUUUUUGUACUUUUCUUUCCAAAGCAGUGCUUUUCUUUAUGAAUUCUCUGGGGCAGCUAUCAUUUAUCACAUCAAUAAUGUCCCAUAGCAACAGUUGUUUUUUUUUAAAAAGAUGUAUUCACUUUCUGCUUAUUUUCUUUAUGAACAAAGGGCCUACUUUCCUUUCAAGAAGAUAAGUGAGCUCUUAUUGGCUGGAAAGGAAGAAGCAUCCUUUCAUUGGUUGGUGUGCAUUGCCUUGUCAACCAAUAAGAGGAUGCCAUUUAUCCUUUUCUGACUAGCUGAGUGAGCAGGGUACCCAGAAGGAUUGGAUCUGCCUUAGUUCCAUCCAGUAGCAAAGGACAGAACACAGAGUCCUGGACUCAGGAUCUGGAAUUGACUUUGGCUAACCCAGAUUGCAUUGACUUUUCUUCCUAUCUGUUCAUAGCUUACUUCAACAUACCUGCCUUAUACAUUGUCCUAUAGCUUUUUUCCCCUUCAUUUUGGGAGAUACUGUGAUUAUCUUUCAAAGUCAGUGCAGGUUAUUGUUACCAGGGUCCAGAAAAUUUUGUGAUUUCCCCUAAAAGUAGAGAAUUGGUCCUCAUUAUUAGAGAUGUGGUGAAAACUUUUGGGGAUGAAGAUGGAAAGCUAGAAUUUAGAAGAGCUGCAUUGCUUGUGACGCAGAAUGGAUAGUCAGCUUUUGGAUUCACUCUGCUCAGCUUUCAGCUUUGGUAUUUGGUGCCCUCUUCUCCACUUUGAUGUUUUAUUUGUUUGCUUUUCUACUUUCAUUCUUCAGAGCUGCGCCUUUUGCCUGAAUUUUCAGUGACAAACAGAAAAGCUGAAUGGAUGGAGACAAUGACUCUCUAAUUCAGUGUAAGAGCUGAUUCAUCGCUUCCCAGGAAGACUUGCUGCAGGUAGGUGAUGGGGAUCCUGGAACUGGAGAUCGCCCCAGUCCAUAGCAUUGGCGUUGCGCAGGUCUGGUUUUUUUUCUUUUUAUCCCUGCAUCAAAUAAUCCCACUCAGAGAUGCUGGCAUUGGUCCCCACUUUCCUAAAAAGAGGGGGAGUCAAAGUUCUUUCCCUUUCAGGAUGGAAACUCUCUGACAGCAGCCUGGAAGAAGCCUUACUGCUGCUGGCCCGUUGGAAGAUUACUCCCCAGGCUUCCCUUGCCCCAAGCAGUGAGCUGACUGGAAUGGUGCCCCGGGAGGCCCCUGAGUCUGCUCAGUGCCUGUGCCCUUCCCUCACCAUCCCCAAUGCCAAGGAUGUGCUUCGGAGAAGGCACAAGAGAAGGAGCCGACAGCACCAGCGGUUCAUGGCCCGGAAGGCUUUGCUGCAGGAGCAGGGGCUGCUGAGCAUGCCUCCAGAACCAGGGUCCUCCCCACUGCCCACCCCUUUGGGGGCAGCACCAGCUCCUGAAGCUGCCAGCAGUGGGAAGCAGUGUCCGAGGGCUGGAUCUGGUGCUGCCCCAUGCAGCAGAAGGCCCGCUUCCAGGAAAGCCUCAGGGCCCUUGCCCAGCAGGUGUGUAGCUAUUGACUGUGAGAUGGUGGGCACGGGACCCCGAGGGCGGGUGAGCGAGCUGGCCCGCUGUUCCGUGGUGAGUUACUAUGGCGAUGUCCUCUAUGACAAGUACAUCAGGCCUGAGAUGCCCGUCGCUGACUACCGUACUCGCUGGAGUGGCGUCACUCGGCAGCACAUGCGCAAGGCUAUCCCCUUCCAGGUGGCCCAGAAAGAGAUCCUUAAGCUCCUGAAGGGCAAGGUGGUGGUGGGACACGCACUGCACAACGACUUCCAGGCCCUCAAGUACGUCCACCCUCGGAGCCAGACCCGGGAUACCACCUACGUUUCCAACUUCCUUAGCCAGCCCAGCCUCCACACCCGGGCCCGGGUCUCUCUAAAGGAUCUGGCCCUGCAGCUGCUACACAAGAGGAUCCAGGUGGGCCAGCACGGGCACUCAUCGGUAGAAGAUGCCACGACAGCCAUGGAGCUCUACCGGCUGGUGGAAGUGCAGUGGGAACAGCAGGAGGCCUGCAGCCUCUGGACCUGCCCUGAGGACAGAGAACCUGACAGCAGCACAGACAUGGAGCAGUACAUGGAGGACCAGUACUGGCCUGAGGACCCGGCCGGCAGCAGCAGAGGCGGAGCUGGAGAGGCACAGGACAGAAGGGAUUGAGAAGGGGGUUGGGCUCCCUGGCUGGGCUGCCCAUGUGGCUGGUAGGAAGUGGGGGCCAGGAUAGCAGCAGGCGUUCCUUCUUGGGCAGGGUGGGACAGGAUGCAGUGAGCCAGCCCCAGGGCCGGAGAUGUUGGGUCAUCUGUUAGGCUGACACCGUCCACUCACAGCAUAGCCCUCUGUUUCUCCAGGGCUGUUGGUUCUUUCUCCUGACUCCUGUGGUUUUGCUAAUAGCACUUUACAGGCUCCAUGGAGAUGUCAGGUGGACCAUCUUCCAGGGCCCAGCAGGAGUAAGGAAUGUGCCAACUGACCGCCCAGGUUGUUUCAGCCUUCCCCACCCCCCCAGAUCUGAGUCAUGCUGUGCUACUGAAAGGGAUCAUAUCACCCUUUCUGGGGAUGGGGGGUGGGAGUGUCAAUAUCCUGGAGCUCCCUUACCCCAGCUCAAUGCCUGGGGGUAAAGUUCUCUUUUUUGGUCUACCUCUUCCUCCACUCAGUUUCGGGUUCAGAACAAAUAUGCUCUGAAGUUAAAGAGUUAAGUCCUAAAGGAGACCUUUCUUUCCCCCUCCCUGACCUGGAGCUCUGGCUGUAGCCAUCAUAGGAACUCUGCUCCUCAUGGCCUGUCAGCUCCCUGCUAGGCGACAGUGGAAUAGCAGAGUUCACAGGCUUCUUGUGGGGAGCUGGCCCCUUCACAUGCUUGGCAACAGAAGACCCCAGGCCCAGCUCAGGGAGGAGGGAAGACGGGUAAGCUUUGGACGAGAACUGGCAUAUUUAUUUUGACCCAAAUCAGGGAUUUCCCCAGUCCACCCAGUACUGGGCACUUAAACAAAAGAGACACGACAGCAGUUUGAAUUCUGGGCCUUUGUGCAGAACUGUGCCUGACCUUUGUUAAGAGCAGGGCCACUCGUCUAGGGGAGUGGAGUCUGCCUGUCUCCUGGGGCUGGGGCAGGGCAUUGCCAGGUAUGCAGUGGCCUUGAACCUAGUCUGCUGCCCCCUCAGCUCAUUGACAAUCACUGUGGCUAGUGGGUUUUCUCCUAUUUCUAAAAAUGUUCUCGUUUCCUAAGUGACAGCUGCGAAGUAUCGGGUAACCAAGAGCUCAGGUCACACAGACCUUGGGGCCUCAUCUUUGCUGCUGCUUAGCUUUGAGACCUUAGGAAGGUGAGGGGCUUCACUCUUGAGCCUGCUGUUUCCUCAUCUGUAAAAUGGGGAUAGUGGUACAGCCUACCUCACAGGGUUGCAAUGAGCACUAAAUCUGAACUGUUUCUCACAGUGCCUGGCGUGUGGUGAGCCACAGCCACUGUGAGCUUCUGUUUAUCCUUUAUUUUUUAAGCCCAAAAUAGGGCCACAACAUUGUUUAUUCUUUGAGGAUUUGUUGGAACCUCUUCAGGAUAACCCGAGUCCACAGGAUGAACAGCUGUGGCUCACACAGAACUCAGCUUUUGGCUGUUUCCAGCAGUGGGGGGGCGGGGGGGCACUGGCCUCAGUGAGGACACAGAGGGAGGGUCACGGUUAUCCGUGUGUCUUGUCUGUGGCCAGCAGGUGCAGGUGUGGAUUCUGGUCAGUGUCCCAAUCCUGGGAAGUGACAACAAAGCAAAGCAGCACAGGACAGGAAGGUAGAAACAGUGCUGACAUCACACUACCCCACCCUCAGCUGAAGCCCCAAGUUCCACAAACUUGGGGUUAUAGAUUGUCCAGUCACUGGCUCCCUUCCUAUCAGGACAGCACAGAGAAAGAGGCUGGCUGAGUCUUUUACCACAUCUGGCCUGGCUCCAGGGCUUCUGGAUUUUUUAAAAGUCGGUAGGUAACGUGAAACUCGAUUGAGCAGUAGCUUCGAUCCCUCGGUCUCUGGGGGUUGAAAGAAGAUGGUGCUGUUAUCAGUGGGGAAAUGUACUACUUAAGAUCAGCUUUGGUGUAAAACCAUUUGUUCUGGAAUAAAACACAAUUGGAAAAA